AUGGCCAUUGAUCACAUUGAUGAGAAUAAAAUCGACAGGAACGGAUUGACACGUGAAGAUUCAACAUCACAGAAUGAGAGCAAUGGACAUAUUUCUCAUUCAUUGACUUUUCGAGCUAUGAUUCUUUUUCAAGUUCUCGCCUAUGGAUCAUAUUCAAUAUUGGUACAUCUUUGUGAACACGAUGGUCAUAUUAUGUUUUCAUCUGCAACAAUGAAUCUAGUUCUUGAGCUUGUGAAACUUGUAUUUUCUCUCAUAGCUCUCGGGUGUGCCUCGAAACAAUCAUCUUCAAUACUUUUCGCAAAAGGAUCUUUCGUUCGACAUUCGUUACCCUAUGCAGUGCCUGGUCUGCUCUAUUUUAUCAAUAAUAAUCUCGCAGUUCAUAUGCAACUUCAGAUGGAUCCGGCCUCUUAUCAAAUUUUGUCAAACUUCAAGAUCGCUACAACAGCUAUUCUCUAUCGUAUUAUUAUCAAACAUAAACUUUCCCAACAGCAAUGGUGCGCCGUAGCACUUCUUUUUUCCGGUGGUCUACUCUACAGCUUAGGUAUUUUUAUUAUUAUUAUUAUUAUUAACGAAUUAUAUCAUUGA